AAUGAAUUAAAAUUUAAUCAACUGAUUAAUCAAUGCGUUAAAAUUUAAUCAACUGAUUAAUCAAGUGAUUAAAUAAAACCUACCCAUCAUUCAUUGUUUAUGAGCUUCCUGUCUGUAAAAAAAUGGCUGAACCAGUUGAACAAACCCCAAGCAAACUGAAAAGGCUAAAGAAGACCAAUUUUACUGUGGCAGAAGAAGACUUGAUACAACAGCUUGUGGAAAAAAACUCCAACAUCAUAAAUGGAAAAUUAACAAACACAGUAACAAAUAAGUUAAAAAAGACAUUUGGGAUGAGAUUACCAUCAAGGUAAAUUCUCUUGGAGUUGCUCUUCGUACUUCAACAGAAGUACGCAACAAAUGGAGGAACACCACAAGAGUGGCCAAGGCCGUUUAUUCAAAUCACAGGAAUGAAAUAUUCAAAACUGGGGGAGGACCAGCUCCAAAGCAACCCAGCACAGCAGUGGAGAGGGUUAUCCACCUGAUGAAGGACACCACCAGCUUCAGAGGGAUUCAGGGUGGACUUGAAACAGAGUCAUUCCAGACAAAUCCACCAACUAUCACUGCCACAUUACCAGAAGAAGAUGCCAGCCAGGAUCUCUAUGAGUCGGCAGCAUCACUUAUCAGUGACAGUCCACCCCCUCUCAGUCCACAGAGUCCAUCUCUGCUGACUGGAUAUGACCCUAUCCUAACACAAACAGUUGUUCCAGUACAAACAAGUAUUACAGAAAAGCGGAAGAUAGUGAGAACACCCUCAAAAAAGGUAACAGUGCAGGACAUACAUGACAUACAGUAUCGUGCACUGCAGGGUAAAUUAGUGAUUCAAGAGAAGAAGAACAUUCAAAUGGACCUAGAAAAGAAAAAACUGGAACUCCAAAUUGAGCUUUUGCAGAAGUUAGUGGGUGGCAAUUCAGAACCGGUCACACACCUAGGCACUUGCCUCUAUGUUUUGAACGUAUUAAAUUCAUUGUUAUAUUGUUGA